UCGGCUACCGGAUUGGUCAGCAUUACCUGUCAACCAUAUGAUCGGACCCGCCUCUAACAAGGGCAGAAUUUAGUUUGGCAACAACGCAGGUGUGAAGUGACCACUCGGGAGAAUUUUACGACAGAAUUGGUGUGCAAUGUCCACCUCAGCCUCCUCGGUUGGCCAUCAUCAGCUGCAGAGGGUCAUCAAAGAUCUCUAUGAUGCUGUGUUUCAGCUGGGUCAAGAGCACAAAGAGUUCUCUGAGCCCGUGACUGACGACAGCGCCACCCUACGCAAGUUCUUCUACAAACUCGAGUACCUUCUGCAGUUUGACUUGAAGGAGAGGACAACCUUUCUCGGCAAGAGAAAAGACUACUGGGAUUACUUCUGCGACUGCCUGAUUAAGAUCAAGGGUGCUAAUGAUGGCAUCCGUUUUGUAAAGUCCAUCCCUGAGUUAAAAACCUCCCUGGGCAAAGGCAGGGCCUUUAUCCGGUACUCGCUGGUUUAUCAGCGCCUUGCCGACACGCUGCAGCAGUGUCUCAUUAAUCAGAAAGUCACAAGUGACUGGUAUUAUGCCCGGAGUCCCUUGCUUGACUCAAGCCUUACCUCGGACAUUGUCAACCACCUGUACGAGCUCAAUGAAAUCCGAUUUGAUGUUGCAACCCGAGGUUACGAUCUCGACAUCGAUUGGCCAGCCUUUGCCAGACGGACAUUAGGGGCUGGCACAUCAUCAGUCUUGUGGCGACCCCCCAGUCGUUGCUCCAGCGUCAACAGUCUGAUCCAGUCACAGGAGUUUCCAAUUCCAGACUUGAGUUUCUUUGGGGACCUUGCUCUGAAAAAAACAUCACCUUGCAGCGUUGCGGAGAAUCUCCACAUCCAGCUCGGCCAGUCCGAGCUCAGGCAGCAAGAGCUUCUGGGACAGGUUGAGGAAUUGGGCAAUGAGGCGGCCGAGCUAAAAGAUGUCAUCAAGAACCUUAACGGCCAGUUGCUAGCAGCUCAGAAGACUAUCCACUUGCUGAACUCUUCAGUAGUCACUCCUAGCAUGGAUGUCCGUAACCACUAUCAAACGUGUUGGGAAGAAAAAAACUGUGACCUUCAGGACAGACUUGCAGCUACUGAGAACAAAAACAUGGAGCUUCUAUCCAAGCUGGACGGGACCAUUAAAGAAAAGGGCAAGCAAACAACAAGUUUCUGCGACUCGGCUUGGAAUCUCCAGGAACUCCUGGAGAAACUGAAGUCAACGGAAGAGAAGAGGCUGGAGGCCAAGAGGGAGGCAGAGGACCGAGCCAGGCAAUGCGAGCGUGUGUCGCAUGAGCUCAAAUUGAGGGAGGAAGAACUGAGGACCUGCACGGAGAAAUUGGCUGACGUCAAAUCCCGGGGCAAGGACGAACGCGAGGAGACCCUGAAACGCUUGGAGGAGCUCCAGGGUGCAGUCGGUCGUAUUCAAGGCGCAUUGACGCUGAAAGAGAAGGAGAGCGGGAAUUUGCGAGCGCAGCUUCAGGGCCUGCAGGCCUCGCUGGAGUGCAGAGAGCGCCAGGCGGAGGAACUGAGGAGGAGGCUUCAAGAAGAACGUGACGAGAUAGAGCGCAGAUGUACUGAUAGAGAUAGCCAGAAUGAAACCUUGGAGGUUCAACUGCUGGACCUGCGAAAAACCCUAAAGAGCAGAGACAUAGAACUUUCCAUCAGCUCUGAGAGAAUCAAGCAUUUGGAAGAACAUUUGGAGAAGCUGAACGUGGACAAAGAAAGUCCUCUUUCCAAACAAUAUGAAAAUGAGAUGAAUGCGUUUGAGGAAACCGGAAACAUCGAUUGCUACAAACCUCAGUGCUGUGAGCUUAAGGGGAUAAAUGCUGCGCUGCUGCAAGUGGUCAAAAAGAGAGAGGAGAGCAUUGCCGAGAUGACUCGGGGAAGGGAAGCCUUGUUAGACCAGAUCACCGCUCUCAGGGCUUCUGAGAAGCACCUGAAGGGAAGGGUAGAAGCUGCCGGUCUCUGCGUUGAAGAUCGCGAGAAAAAGCUUCUGGACGAAAACUGCCGUUUGCAGGAGCUUUUAGAGAAAGCUUUUCUUGAGAAGGAGCAAUCGGAUGCUCAACAGAAGAGCGUGGAGCAGGAAAACCGGGAUCUCCUUGAGGAUCAGUGCUCAUUGAAAAAACAACUCGAUGAGGCCCAUAAGGCGUUGGACUUGCUCAAUUCCAAGUUGUCAAAUCUAGACGAGAGCCUCACAGAGUCCCAAAGAAGCCACGCGGAGUUGCUGGUGAAAUUCCAGCAAACGGAAGUCAAGCUCAAAGACCAGAUGGCUAAAUGCGGUCUUCUCCAGGCUCGCGCUGAGGAGCUGGAGAGCAGUAGCUCAGAGCAGCAUGACGAGAAAGGAGCGGCAGAGAGCAAUGAGAAAACGUCAAAGCUUCACGAGGAACAUUUAACCUCUGAGACCAAAGAGGCUCCGUUCAGGCUGGUGAUUGCCGAGGCUCAGCUGGAGCUCAACCUGAGGGAGGUGCACCGCCUCAGGGAGGAGGUGGUGGCACUCAGGGCUCAGCUCCUGGCUGGGACGGAGGAGAGAAUGAAAGCUCAGGCCUUUCAGGAGGUGACCGAGGCCUCCCGAGAGGACCUGCGACUCCUGGCAGAACAGCUCAAAGGUCAGGUGGAGGAGCUCAACCGACGGCACGUAGACGAGAUCUUGCGUUCCCGUGAGCGCGAGGAGGCUCUGAUCCGCGAGCGUGACGGCGAGGCUCUGGCUCGGGCGGGCCUGGCGGCCGAGGUGACGGCCUGCAGGGAGGAGCUGCGCGAUCUCAAGCAGCGCUACGACGCCUUGUGCGUGGAGAACAGUGACUCCGGAGAGGCCCUGCACCGGGCCAACACUGAAACCGCAGAGCUCGGCGUUCGCGUGUGCAUGCUGACGGCAGAGAACGAGGAGGCUCGCCUGCGAUGGGAGGACCUCUUACAGAGGCAGCAGGAGCUGCAGGAGGAAACCGCACGGGAGAUGGCCACGCUGGAAUCCUGCACAGAACAGCUCCGCCAGGAGAAUCGUCAGCUUCUCGGAAAGCUCCGUCACCAGGAUGACCUUUGGACCGCGACGCAGAAGCUGCAGGAGGAGCUGACCGAUGCCCAGGAGGAGGCGGAGAUGCUGCAGGAGAGGAGCCGCCAGGAGAUCGAGGCCCUCCGCCUGCAGCUCAGCAAUCAGGCCAUCACCCACAGCAGCCAACUGCAGAGUGUCAACGAAGAGUUAAUGGAUGAGAGGUUACAGAUGAUGAGCGAGCAGGAGAAAACGAUUGAGGUGGAGAAGAAACUAAAGCGCUUGGAGGCUGAGGCACAGCGCUACCGGCAGCACCUCGCAGAGAAAACCGUCCAGAUGGCCCAGUCGGAAAAUCUCCUACAGCAGAAAGAGGACGAGCUAAUUCAUCUGAGAAAGAAUUUAUCAAGAUGCCAGGAGGAGCUUGACGUGGCUCAGCGGGCCUGUCAGGAACUGAGGGACACUUUGAAGAGGGUCACGCUGGACAAGCAGAACUUCGACCUGAGGACGGCCGCCGAACUCGACGACCUUUAUCGCACCAAGGUCAACCUGGAGGAAAGGCUCGUGGAGCUCAUUAGGGACAAAGACGUGCUGUGGCAGAAGACCGACGCGCUAGAAUUUGAGCAGAAGCUACGCGACGAAGAGACUGAGCGGGACGUCAACUACUGCCUGGGCUGCCACACCCCGUUUGGCUGGUGGCUCCGCAAGCACAACUGCAGUUUUUGCGGCCGCCCCUUCUGCUACUACUGCCUGACCAACGCAACGAGCCACCAGCCGGGCGGCACCAGAGAGCGCUGCUGCCGGGACUGCUGCGACGAGGGCGGCGAAGACGCCGAGCGCCCCCAGCAGGACGACGCCGUCACCGGCACGCCGAGCUCGGCGUUCAGUCGUCUGCUGCAGCCUCUGCGAGCCGUGACGAACGUUUUGGGGGCAGAUGAAAGUGACAAAAUGGAAGACGGCUUGUUUGACAUCAUCACGGAGGAGGAAGUGAGCGGCGUCUCUGACGGCGAAUCCUUUACCACUGCCUGCUCUCCUGGAUAUGGACAGCAGGAGGCAGCACAACUAAGCAGCAGCAGUGCCAGCACAGGAGAGUUCCCAUCAGAAGACCCCGAGGACCGCCGCGGUGCUGUUCAGGAUGCUGAGAUCUGCCUGCUCAAGUCGGGGGAACUGACGUUGGCGUCUCGCUUCGUGGUGGACGACAUCUCGGACUUCGGCGACCCGCGGGAGCUCUUCAUCAAGUCGAGCUGUUACAGCACCGUGCCCAUCAGCGCGGACCGGCCCGGCGCCACUGUCGCUUGGACGUUUAGCUCAGAACCCAAAGGCAUCUCCUUCAGCGUCGUUUUUCGAGAGAGCGUUCAGACGCCGCUUGAGCAGACGAAGGUGUUGAUCCCGCUGACUCGCUGCAACUCCCACAAGGAGACAAUAAAGGGCGAAUUGAAAGUCCGAAAACCCGGAGAGUACACGCUCAUCUUUGAUAACUCCUUUUCGAGGUUCAUCUCCAAGCGGGUGAUUUAUCACCUGGCUGUGGACGCGGGCAUCCUUCCGUGAGAGCAAAAGCGUGUCCAACAGGUGACGAUGCAUCCAUCGACGCUUUCGGGAGUAUAAGGUAAAUUGAGGCAGAGUUGAACUUGAUGCAAGCUCCGUGAGAGCUGAGGGCACUUUAGAAGCAUCUUGGAUUGGGCCACAUCAGAUGAUGCAGUCAUAGCAGAAAAUCACUUGAAUUAGACCAUAUAUUAUCUUUUUAUUCAUGUCUGGGUUAGAAUUAAGCAUAAAGUGUCACCUAUGAAGGAUGACAACCGUGCACGCUCUUAACGUUACAUGGAAAUUGUACAUUUUAUUAUAUUAAUGAGGACAGCAUUCAAGCCUCGUGAGAAAUGAGCUCUUGAUUCGGUUCAGUCACUUAUCAGUUAUGAAAGAUUUGGACUUUUCCUGCAAAAAGAGUGAAGGUGAGAUCACGGACAAAAAAAAAAAAAACAACAACAACCUUGAUGUCAUGGAAUCCCUGGAAAAUUCAAGAACUUUUGAAGUAUCCCAUCACUCAAGUAUAUAUUUGUGUGCUUCAAGGGGAGUUAUGGAAUGUUGUGAUAUGUUAGCCACAGUUAUAGUCAUUAUUCAUUUUUAUUGGGGGGGGGGCAUUUCAAGCAUCCAUAUUCUGUUUCCUAUUUGUAGUUUUUUUUUUGUUUUUGUUUUUUUUACUGGUCACUGAACAAGAUUACUACUGUUAAAUUGGGAAUGUACAAAGAGAGACUGGAGCACAUUUCCCAGUAUGACUUGAAUGCAAUUUGGUAUCGUCUGAGAGUUUUCUGUUAUCAUCUUUAUUGUUUCAUAAAAAAGAAAAAUGAUAAGAUGAUAACUCCAGCAAAUGUAUUUGUUGUCAAAUCAACAUUGUUCAUCACAUUGAUGCAAAAAAAACUAACCUUAAUUGUUUUAUUCAGAAUACCAACAAAGGUCGUGGAAUUGGUAUUUUGAUGUAACGCAAUUGUACUGUGAGCCUUUACUGGGGGGGAAUCGCCCACUAAGUGUGUCCAAAAUAUGAUCUUGAUUUACAUUUCCCUAUAGUUGCCUUCUACUACUAUUAUAAGUGGGUUUGGUGUGAUGCAUUUUUGAGUUACUACUGUUGAGUUGCAGUAUUGUUAUAUUCUGUAUUUGAGUGAGUGUAUUCUUUAAGCCAAUGACCAUGUAUGUCAUCAUUUUUUUUUUGCAAAUACUGUGUACUGACACGGGGGGGGGGGGGGUAAAUAAAAGGUCAUCAUAAUACGUUUUCAUUUUACACGGAUUUUGAACUUGAAAUAAUUUAGGCUUGAUGGAAAAAAUAGAAUGUGACGGGAAAAAAUACAGAGUUGAGUGUAAAAAUGAAGGAAAAUAUUUAAAAAAUCUCCUCUAACUGUCCUCACAUGCCCUGUAAACAAGUUUGAGGUACAGCCUGUACUAGCGGUUCAGUCACUAUUUGAAGAAGUCAGGUAUUUUCGGGGGUGACCAAUCCCUGCCUAUUGCAAAUGGUUGAUUAUAAGCAGCAUGGCAGCAUUCGAUUGAUUAAAAAAACCGCUUUGCGGUGCUGUUAUCAUCAUUCUCCAUAUCGCAUAUUGCAUUUAUUGAUCCAGGGCAGGUUGGGUUCCUCUGGUGUGUUUCUUCACUGCAGCUAUUAAUAGUUGCUGCCCCCUGCUUGCGGCUAUGAAACCCCACAAUGAGCAAUGAGCAAUGUUCUCUAUCGACGAUACUUAAAUCCACUCUAGUCCUGAAUUCUCCUUGAGCCAUGCAGGCGGAUCAGCAUUGAGUCGGCAGGGCAGCAGCACAUGCGUCAGCUUCCAGGAAAAGGUUUUGAAACGAGCCUGAUCCGAUCAGCGAUGGAUCCCACAGGUAGAGACUCGUUCAGAAGGGGCCUCUUAUUGCUGGUGGCGUAUAACCAAGCAUCGGCGAAUGGUCUUGAACCUGAUCCUGAAGUCUUUUGUAAGGUUCAAAGUUAAGACUCCCUUCAUGUCUGAAAUUUGACUUGCAGCCACCAUGCUCAUUCUGCAGACCCAUGAGGAAGUGAGCCUAAAUUCUUCGCCGGGUGACGUAUAGUUGGAUCAUGGAGUUGCAACCGAUCAGUCCUUAAUCUAAAAACUGAGACCGAUUGAUCAGGACUCUCCCACCAUCAACUGUAAACCCUCUUGGGAAACUUGGAGUCAAGGAUUUCUGGACAAGAAACGGGAGUUACAGUAUGAUAAUGUCUCCACGACAGAAGGGGGCACUGGUAGAUGUUUGGUGGUAAGGUAGCUCGAUGAUUUUAUCCCGAUUAUCAAGUGGUCAGCCAAUGUUGAGACCAGGCAACUCCAAACAAGAAAUGGGAAUUGACAUAAUUUGAGGAUAGGCAGUGAUGCUGCUAGAUGAUUGGUCGUAAGGUAGGUAGAAGUUGUUGUCUCUUCUCUUAGAGAAAUUUAAAUGCCCAAGUAUGCAGUCUCUCUCAAAACCCUUCCAUGGAGGAUUAAUAAAGCUACAUUGUAGCUCAUCAAAACCACUUCGAAGUCAAGGCAUUCCAGACAACGAGGACUUGGAACACCUCAAAGAAAGGGUAAUAUGGUAGACAAUUGGUAGUAAGUUUGGUAGAUGAGUUAUCCCUCUCUCUCUCUCAAAUAGAGAAUAUCACCAUUCAUCAUCCAUGUCAAGCCCUUCCCACGGGGUAGAUAAAGCGGUAUUGUGAACACUCCAAACCGAUGCGGCGACUGAGGCAUUCCAGACGGUAUACAAGACGCGACAUGCUUGGAGGAUUGGUAGCUGGUAAAUUAUAGGUAGUAAGGUAGGUAAAAAAAAAAAAAGGGUAGUUUCUUCUUUUCAAACGUCAAUGGCUUGGAAAUCACAUCGUUUUCAAAGACCCUUCUCUCCGCAAGACAUCUACCGGUUUGGAGUCGAGCCAUUCCACACAAUCAGGGCUUGGCAUGUCUUGGGGAUAGGUACGUAGGUUGCCAGAUGAUUAGUAGUUAAGAUCGAGAGAAAAUGGGCCAGCUCAUCUAACUGCCACAUUCUUCUCAAAGCCCUUUCCUCAGGGAGAGAUAAAGCCGAAACGUGGGUCAUCCAAACUACUAUGCGUUCUAGACGUGAAGCAGGACUUUUGCAAAAUGUCUCGAGGAUAGAAAGUUAGACAGGUCGAUGUUUGGCGAAAAGUUAUCUCUUCUGCUGCAGAGAGACUCAAACGCUAGAGGAUCACGACUGUCUCAACUCCCUUCCCCCAAAAAUCUUGACCUGACAGGAAUUGAUAUGUCUCAAGGAUAUCUACUUGUUACCAUGGUAGAUGAUCGGUCGUAAAGUAGGUUGAAGGAUCGUCUUUGGAAAAGAGUCAAGAAGGAUUACUAAAUUGGGGGUACGCUAAGAACUAGCCAGUUUUAAGACCAGUUUUGUGUUCUCAGUCUCUCCAAACUGCGACAGCGCCUCAGUCGUUAGCUCUGAGCUUCAGCCACAGGCGAGUUAUUCAUGCAGUGUAAUUUGGAAUUUGAAAAAAAAUAUGACAAUCAUACAAGAGUAGUUAGCAGGGCAGUUGGAGAAUAAGUAGUUUAAGUACCCGAGGAGCGUUGGCAAAUUAGAUUAUACUAUAAAUAUCCUAGCAGUGUAGGCUGUGUAUUUUGACUAGAACUGCCACAGAAAAUGUUAGAGGGGUGUCGUGUAAUGGUGGUACAAGGAGGAUGGUAUGCAGUUUUCUCGAUGCCUACUAUAAUGUGCUUUGUUCUCAACAAAAAACCUGAAAUUACUUUUUGUACUUGUUUGUAUUGCAGUUUAUUUUUGGCUGACUUCAAUUACACGAAUCAAAUGAAGAACAAUCCCAAUGUGAUGCUAAAAUACUUUUCUAACAUGAAUGUAACACUUUUUUUGUACACUAUCUUUUCAUAUCUCUAUACUGCCAAAUAUGAUGGUGGAACCUGAAAUGUUAAAAAAAAAAAAAAUAUGGAAAGAAUCAAUUGCGAUGAAAAAUGCUUUUUCAAAAGUUUAUUUUUGUCUCUUUAUCACACCUCCGUUACGGAUGACAUCAGCACAUUUUCUUUCUUCCUUGGUACCACUUUUUGUAGUGGUGGUUAACAGCGGCCAUAGCGACAGUUUAAUCCGUGUUGACCUGACUGUACUCGAUUUGUUUACAUGCUAAAUAUUGC